CCCUCAUGCAAUUUCGUUCGUUUGAAAUUCUCUCGAUCGAAUGUUUUUCCACGCUCCUUCAUUGUUUUUUCAUAGCAUCGAUGCUCAAGAGUGUGAGAAAGUUUUACAAAAAAUAGUGACGCCACUCGGCCAUUUGUGUUUCGAUAGUGCUGUUGUGACUUUCCAGAAGGCUUGACCUUCGUUUGGUGAUUUUCACGAAGGCCGAUUUUCCAGUUUCUUUCGAUCGAGAGAAAAAGUAUACUUGUCUCGAAUUCGAGUGAAUUAUGAUGAAUAUUUUCGCGACGGAGCCCGAGUGUCUUCCUGAGUAUACCGGAUACCAAAGGUAUCCAGGGACUUGCGAUAAAUAUCUGCAUUGUGACAGAGGCCAGACUUUUAUAAAAAGCUGCGGUCCUGGUACUGCGUGGAAUCAAGCAAGUUUCAUGUGCGAUUGGCCGACCAACGUUCCCGGAUGUGCAGCAGCAGCGGCGUCAACUCCGCGACCACAGCUCGAGGAACAUGGAAGUAACCCUAACGGAGAAAACGGUCACGACCAUAAGCAUGGACCGGCGGGUCGCGAUGACGAGCAACAAUCAGAGACUUAUGUGGGCCCUGUCACGAAUAUUGACAUUCGCCUUGGCCCAUCUUAGGCACCUUCUGCUCAUGGCCCGAAGUCUGAUGUUAAAAAAAAUGAGAUGAAUGAUGUCUUUGAAAAUUUCUUACUUUGGUAAUGAGAAAUCACGUCGUGACUUCUUCAUUCGAGUAUUGAAAAUGAUGUUCUGGAUUACGAUUUUUUUGGUUAAUUAAAAACUAGUCUUUUCCACA